CCCCUCCGCGGGGCCCCGCGCAGCGCCCGCCUCCCGCUUCCCUCCCGAAGUGGAUGCUCGAACUGAAAGUGAAAAAUAUCAAACAAACAAACAACAACAACAAAAAAACCCGCAAACACACACAAAACAAUCAUCAAACAGCAGCACAGCAGCAACAACAACAACAACAAACCCCAGACCCAACAGCACGGGGACGGUGGCUCAUCGGGCGGGAUGGAUUUUUGCGGCAGUCACCAUGAAGAAGAGUAAGAAUGGAGUGGGACAGCACUGUGGCAAGGGCUGAAGACUUUCAACUAGCUGGCCCGCCUGAUGCCUAGCUCUAACUGUCCGUGGGCGCCCUGCGGGCCUAACAGUGCAGCAUGAUCAGGAUGAGGAGGAAGAAACUGUGGGCAUCUUGUUUCUGCUUUGCAGCAGCCUUUUUCCUCGUGGUGACAUUCCAGGUUAUCACUGAACUGAGCGAUUCAGAAAAUAAGGCGUCAGUAGUCUCCAGUUUAUACAGUGGUCCACUGAAGCCUGAGGAGAGACAUGAUCUUCGGUUUAAGAAAAAUAAACUUGACAGCAACUUCAGGACAGAGUCUGAUGCAAACCAGUACCCCAUCCUGCUCUGGUGGUCUCCCCUGACUGGAGAUACAGGGAGACUGGGUCAAUGUGGAGACGAUGUUUGCUUCUUUACUAUCAACAAGACCUACCAGCACAAUCAGAUGACAAGAGCUUUUCUGUUCUAUGGUACUGACUUCAGUAUAGACAGCCUACCACUCCCUCGAAAAGACCAUCAUGACUGGGCCCUUUUCCACGAAGAGUCACCAAAAAACAACUACAAACUCUUCCACGAACCAACUAUCACCUUAUUCAACCACACCGCGACCUUCAGCCGUCAUUCUCACCUACCACUGACCACUCAGUACCUUGAGGGUGUAGAGGUCCUCAAGUCCUUGAGGCACAUGAUCCCGCUGCAAAUGAAGAACAGCCUGAGGAAGCAGCUUGCACCACUCGUGUACGUGCAGUCUGACUGCAACCCUCCUUCUGACCGGGACAGCUACGUGCGUGAGCUGAUGUGCCACAUCGAAGUAGACUCUUACGGGGAAUGUUUGCAUAACAGAGACCUUCCCCAGCAUCUCAGAAAUCCAGCUGCCAUGGAUGACGGGAACUUCUUUAAAAUACUGGCACAGUACAAGUUCAUUCUUGCAUUUGAAAAUGCUAUCUGUGAAGAUUACAUCACUGAAAAACUCUGGCGGCCACUGAAGCUGGGAGUGGUACCAGUGUACUUUGGGUCUCCCAGCAUUGUAGACUGGCUUCCCAGCAACAAGAGCGCAAUCUUGGUAUCUAGUUUUUCACACCCUAGGGAGCUGGCCCACUAUAUCAAAACACUAGACAAAAAUGAUGAAGAAUAUGAGGCCUUCCUGGAGUGGAAACUGAAAGGCAACAUUUCCAACCCGAGGCUGCUUACAGCAAUGAAGGAGCGCAAAUGGGGAGUGCAAGAUAUCACCCAGGACAAUUACAUUGACACAUUUGAGUGCAUGGUGUGUAACAGAGUGUGGGAAAACAUCAGGAGGGAAGAAAAGGGAUGGCUACACCAGAGGUGGAGUGCUCAGGUUAACCAUUUGAGCUGCCCCAAACCCGAGGCUUUCUCGUUCUCAUCUUCAAACCCUAGCUGGAAUUCCCUCCAAGAGAUGUGGAUAGCAAGUUUUGAGCAAUCCAGGAAGGAAGCCUGGGCACUGAGGCAGCUGGUGGAAAGGAACAGGAAUUUUACAGCUCAAGAAUUUUGGAUGCUUGUAUUCAAAGAAUAAAUGCAACAGCCUGUAAAACAAAGUGACCUUCUCAGAGGAAUCUAUGGAUUUUUUAAUUUUUAUUUUUUUUGCAAGUGGCCUUAUUGUAUGUAGGAUUGUAAACCACACGAAGUAGACCUGUAAGACUGAAUUUAGUAGGCUCAGUGCUCAAGGGGUAUAAGGAAUGUUAAGCAGAAGAAUCACCCUACUGGUUGAUAGGAGUAAGUGUGUGUGUGUAUGCUAACUGUCAUUAAUUCAAGUGUUUUAGCAUUAUAGGUCAAGUUUGUCAAGGUUCUCAGGGCCCAAUGUCAAGCAUAGAUCUAACCCUCAUGAAGCAAGUGGAUCUCCCUCUAUCUUUAGGUAAGUGCCUGUGUUCAUAGCCUCAGGACCCCUUUCUUCCCCAGUCCAGGAUCCUCUUUUGCUGCAUUGAUAUCCACAAGUUGGAGAGCAGAUGACACCAUUACACUGGUACAGCUUCUGUGCUGCUUUGGAUGUAGAGAAAAGACUGGGACUGUGUCCCUGGCUAGUUGUUUGUUAUCAAUUUCCCUGGCAUCAGCAGAUUUAGCAGGGACUUGGCGAGCUUUGUGUCCUGACACUGAAUGCCAAUGUAAAGUGCAUUAGUACUUGGCACAGGAAAGCACCAUCUGUUAGUGUCCAGGGACAGAUUGAAUGAAAAACGUGCUGGCUCAGAUUUAUCCACCAUCUUCUGCUAAAAAUAAGCAGAGCACAUGAAUAUCUCCACUCCACAGAAAUAGGGCUGGCCUCAAUAUCACUUACCUUCUAGCCUUUCUGAUGAUAGACUAAUUUUUUUAUCAUAUAUAAACAUGGAAUUAUGGUUUUGAAAAGUCAGGGAUAGUACUGAGAACUAUUGCUGAAAAGUAUUCAAAAAGCACAAGGAAAAGGUGGCAAACAGCCUACCUGUUUUAACAUGGAGAACCCCAAAAUACUUUAUCUGACAAAGAAAAAAUAUUGGUGGUAUUGGUCAUCACUUGCCAAAGGACAUACUUUUGCCUAAUAUACAAACAGUUUUUCAUCCCAAGUUCUUCCAGCUUCAGUCUGUGGAGGAGUUCAAUUGCACAGGAGUUGCACACGGUCAUUAUCUGCGUGGAGCCAUUCAGACGAGGGAGAAUCAUUCAUAUGAUGGCAUGGAAAAUAGAACGACUAAUAUGAAGUUCGUCUCAUCAUUGGAAAGGCAGAUUUUCACCUGUCUGAUCAUUUCCAAGCAAUUGUUCCUCGUAGCAGGCUAUGUUAAGGUUGCUGUCAGGCGUCUGGCUAUUUUGUGAAUGGGUAGCAAUGAGAAAGGCACUAAAUAGCAUUUACACUAUGAAAUUCAGGUGAAAAAUUCACUUACUUUGGAAAAACUUCCUUGCCUGAAAUUUCCUCAACAAAUAACUGGUGAAUUCUUAAUUAAUUUUCAAUCUAGCAGAAGAAAGCAUUUUUGUGGCCAUAAACCAUACAGCAUUGGACUUUGUUUCUAUGAGCACAUACUUAUUUUUGAAUGAACAAAACAGUCUCACUGAAAUAUUUAUUCUAUUGUUUUGCCAGUGUGGCACACAGAACCUGUUGGACAUGUCUUAAACUCUUUCCCCGUUGGUCUACAAUACAAAUGAUAGCUCUACAAAU